AAAAACAGCAACACCAGACAUAGAGGAGGAAAAAAAGCAAAGUGAUCCAUUGAACAAGGGGUUUUGCCCUCUCUUAAUUACGUCGAGUCUCAUAUCUUUUCCUUUUUUUCACCUUUUCCCUACUCUUAUGGGGGCUUGUGGUAAUUAGUUUGAAGAGAAUAAAACCAGCUGAUCGGGAGAGGGGUGGUGCAUUUUCCAGCGAGAUGGCUAACAGAAACAUUCUGUUGCUCUUCUGUGGACUCUUCCUCUUAGCACUGAUUCAUCCCUCUCUUCAAAGAGGUGUGUAUGUACCACCUGGUACUGGGAUUGGACCAGGAGGCGCCGGACCAGGAACUGGAUUCUUUCCAGGGUCUGCUGGAGGAGUCCCUGCGGGCUAUAAACCAGCAAAAGCUGCAGUCGGAGGUUAUGGAGGUGGGGGCCGUGGAGUAGGACCAGGGGGUCUGGUGCCAGGAGGCGUUGGGCACGGUGGCCUGGGCGUUGGAGGACUGGGAGCAGGACAAGGUGGAAAGCCCCCUAAACCAGGUUACGGCAAUCUAGGAGUCGGUGGAGGUUAUGGAGGAGGUGGUUAUGGUGGAUAUGGUGGAUAUGGUGGAGGAACUGGAGGCUUUUUCCCAGGAGCUGGACAGAAGGCUGCUAAAAGAGGUGCAGGAGGAUCUCUGCUACCACAUGCAGGCGCAGGAACUGGACCCGCAGUACCUGUUGGAGGACCUGUUAUUCCUCAGAUGGGCCUUCCAGGAGGGGGUCUUGGUGGUGGUCUCGGAAAGAAAGCUUCCAAAGUGCCAGGUGUCGGAGUGCCGGGACUUUACCAAGGUGGACUGGUACCUGGACAAGGGUUUGGCGGACGUGGAGUUCUGCCUGGUGUGGCGACAGGAACUGGCCUGAAUCCAAAGUCUAUUGGAGGGGCAGGACAAGCAGGUCAAGGACCAGGAGGUCGUGGGUACGGUGGCCCGAUGCAGCAGGGACUGUUCCACGGAUACCCCCUAAAAUCACCCAAAGUGCAAGGUGGCUACGGAACAAAAUCCGGUGGCAAACAACCUUUAGGUUAUGGCUUUGGUAAUGGCGGCGCUGGACUUCCUGGAGGACAGGGUGGUCCUGUGUUGAGGCCUGGAUAUCCUGUUGGAACUGGAGUUGGGCCCGGUGGCAUCUCCCUUGCUCAGGCUAAAGCUGCCAAAUAUGGUGUUGGCAAUCUUGGCAAUGUUGGCAAUGUUGGCAAUGUUGGCGGUGCUGGUGGUCUGUAUCCAGGGCAGGUGCCAGGAGGUGUUGGCAGUGCUGGUGUUCAGUAUCCAGGGCAGGUGCCAGGAGGUGUUGGCGGUGCUGGUGGUCUGUAUCCAUGGCAGGUGCCAGGAGUGCGGACCGGUGGCAUCUCACCUGCUCAGGCUAAAGCUGCCAAAUAUGGUGUUGGCAAUGUUGGCGGUGCUGGUGGUCUGUAUCCAGGGCAGGUGCCAGGAGGCGUUGGCGGUGCUGGUGCUGCUGGUGUUCAGUAUCCAUGGCAGGUGCCAGGAGGAGCUGGGACCGGUGGCAUCUCACCUGCUCAGGCUAAAGCUGCCAAAUAUGGUGUUGGCAAUGUUGGCGGUGUUGGGGGUGCUGGUGGUCUGUAUCCAGGGCAGGUGCCAGGAGGCGUUGGCGGUGCUGGUGCUGCUGGUGUUCAGUAUCCAUGGCAGGUGCCAGGAGGAGUUGGGACCGGUGGCAUCUCACCUGCUCAGGCUAAAGCUGCCAAAUAUGGUGUUGGCAAUGUUGGCGGUGUUGGGGGUGCUGGUGGUCUGUAUCCAGGGCAGGUGCCAGGAGGCGUUGGCGGUGCUGGUGCUGCUGGUGUUCAGUAUCCAUGGCAGGUGCCAGGAGGAGCUGGGACCGGUGGCAUCUCACCUGCUCAGGCUAAAGCCGCCAAAUAUGGUGUUGGCAAUGUUGGCGGUGCUGGGGGUGCUGGUAUUCCAUAUACAGGGCAGGUGCCAGGAGGAGCUGGGACCGGUGGCAUCUCACCUGCUCAGGCUAAAGCUGCCAAAUAUGGUUUGGGUGCAGUUGGUGGUGUUGGUGGUGUUGCUGGCACUGGUGGACUGUAUCCAGGGCAACGGCCAGGAGGCACUGGUGGACUGUAUCCAGGGCAACGGCCAGGAGGCACUGGUGGACUGUAUCCAGGGCAACUGCCAGGAGGCACUGGUGGACUGUAUCCAGGGCAGCUGCCAGGAGGUUCUGGAGGCAUCUCACCGGCUCAGGCUAAAGCUGCUAAAUAUGGUUUGGGUGUGGCAGGGGGUGUUGGUGGUGGAGGAGGUGGUGGCGCUGGAGGUCAGUAUCCAGGGCAACUGCCAGGAGGCACUGGUGGACAGUAUCCAGGGCAGGUGCCAGGAGGAUCAAGAUUACCAGGAGGUGCACCAGUGUUUGGGGGAUAUUCACCAGCAGCCAAAGCAGCUAAAUAUGGACAAGCAGGAGCAGGAGGACAAUUAGGAACAGGAACACUGGGAGGACAAGGAGGACUGGGAGGACAAGGCGGACAAUUAGGGACCGGAGGACAGGGAGGACAAGGAGGACAAGGAGGACAAGGGGGAUAUUCUGCUGCUGCUAAAGCUGCUAAAUAUGGCGUAGGCAGACUAGGAACAGGAGGCCUAGGAGGAGCAGGAGGAGUAGGAACAGGUGCAUUAGGUGCAGGAGGAGUAGGAGGAGCAGGAGGAUACUCAGCUGCUGCUAAAGCUGCUAAAUAUGGUCAAGGCGGUGUUCCAGGUGGUGGUGCAGGUGGAGGAGGAGUUCCUGGACGAGUCCCAUUUUUACCAGGAUAUGGAUGGGCAGGCCAAGGAGCAGGCCAAGGAGCAGGCCAAGGAGCACGCCAAGGAGCACGCCAAGGAGCAGGCCAAGGAGGCGUAGUUCCAGGUGGAGCAGGACAGCCACUUCCUGGUGUUGGUGCCGGCUAUGGUUGGUAUGGACCUGGGGCUGGAGUCCAACCCCCAACGUAUGGAGUUCCAGGAGGAGCUGGGACAGGGAUUGUACCAGGAGCCGGAGGAGUACCAGCAGGUACCGGUUAUUUACCAGGAGGCGGACAAUACUCUGCUGCCGCAAAAGCUGCUAAAUAUGGAAUAGGAGUUGCGGGAGGCGCUGGAGCAGGGUUUGUUCCAGGAUGGGGAGGAGCAGGAGCAGUGCCUGGUGCUGUCCCAGGACUGGGAGCUGGACAAUACUUAGCUGCCGCAAAAGCUGCUAAAUACGGAGUUCAAGGAGGAGCUGGAGUGGGGCUCGUACCAGGAGCAAGAGGAGUACCAGCAGGUACCGGCUACUUACAAGGUGGACAAUACUCUGCUGCCGCAAAAGCUGCUAAAUACGGUGUUGGAGGAAUAGCUGGAGCAGGGUUAGGAACAGGAGGACAGGGAGGGGCCGGAGGAGGAGGCAUCACUGGGGUUGGCGUUGGGGGGGGACCAGCUACUCCAGCUCCAGAGGUCGGCGUUGGCACAAAUGGUUCUGCUGUUGGGGUGCCAGCAACGGAUGCAAGUGCUGCUGGAACUGUUCAACCAGAGCCCACGCCUACUGUCGCAGAGGUCCUGCAGCCCAGCGUUUCUGGUGGUAUUCUUCAGCCCAGUGCUGGCACAAGUGUUGGUGGAGCAGGUGUUGCAGCACCCUCUGGUGUUGGUCCAACUGGCCAAGGCCAGCCUGGUGUGGGUGUUGGCACAAGUGGCAAAGCACCUAAACCGUACCUACCGGUUGCAGGUGUUGGUCAAGCCGGAGGUGGAUAUCCUUAUUGGGGAAACUAUGGAGUUCCUUAUGGUGCUGGUACCGGAGCAGCCACUCUGCCUGGAGCAAGGCCUUUGAAUCCUCCAGCUGUUGGCGGAGCAGGAGGAGCAGGGAUCCCACUGGCUGCAGGAGGCUAUCAAGGGGGAUACAGGCCAUAUCAACAUGGUUAUGGCCAGGGCGGGCUGCAGUAUCCCGCUGCAGGUGGGCUGCAGUAUCCCGCUGCAGGUGGGCUGCAGUAUCCCGCUGCAGGUGGACUGGGAGGAGGUGGAGGUGGAGCUAAACCACCCAAACCAGGCUACGGUCAUCUUGGAGGUGGCGGUUUUUAUCAGCCAGGUGCAGUUCCUGUGGCUCCUGUGGUCCCUGGUUAUGGAGGAGGUUACCCCCAACAGUACUACCAAAAUGGAUAUGUGCCGGCCCCACUGACUCCUCAACAAGCCAAAGCAGCGAAGUACGGCCCAUUGCAGGGCUUCCUUGGUGCAGGAAGAGGGGGAGUUGGAGGAGGAGGAGGAGUCUACAGAGGUGGCGUUGCGGGAUGCCAGGGCAAAUUCUGUGGGAGGAGGAAGUAGAGCUCACCAGUGUGACCUCAACAAACCACGGUGCUACUGCAUGAUCUAGAAUGUACAUUUUAUAUGCAAAGAAACCCCAUUAAGAAAACAUGUAAAGAUGUUUUUUUGUUUUGUUUUUUACUUGUUUUUUUAUACAAAAAACCCACCGACCCAGAAUUUUGUACACGCUCUGAUGUGACGCUUGUUAUUGAUAGUGCCUUUAAUCAAUAAUGUGCCCAAGGUAACCAGCUUUAAUCCCCCGUAUUGAAGCAGCCUACUUAAAAUACAAAGAGUGUGUUUGUGUCACCACGUGUUGUUCUUGUGUUUGAAUGUGUGUGUGGUUUGUAUUGUUGUGUGAAAGACUGGCUGAACCAUCGGCUGCAAUUUUGACCUAUGAAUGAUUUUGGUUUUAAUCCUGAAGCAAGGUGAACUGUCCUCAGUGUUGCAGUCACACUGUCUGUCGUCUCUCUGACAUGUCAGAUGGGUCGGGUUGGUCUUAGCUCGUCCAGAAAAUUGAUUAAAUCUGGCCAAUCUCAGCGUCCUCUCUGGUUCCUCGUCCUCUCGGCUGCUAUUUUUAGGCCUGCGGGGUGUCGAGCAGCGGGCAUUGGGGCUCCGGCCAACCCAUCUGCUCUGUAACUUUGCUGAUUCUAGUUGCUACGCAGUUCAGUUUUCUCAGCAUUUCUAAUGUUGCCAAACUUGUGAUGAAUGAAGAGCAGUUGGUGCUCUGAGGAGCGACAUGCCGCUGAAAAUCAAAAGAUCCAUUACAGGAUGUUUAAAAACCUUAGGAAAAAGCGGCGAGGCCUUUUAGUUCCAGGUAUAUUAAAAUGUAACGCAGAGACUGCUCUGACAUGUACAUUAUGGAUGUGUCAAUGUUUCACGCUCUAGUCUGCUUUACAUGUUUAGUCUCAAUGCAGCAGUUAUUUACAUUUAUAUAAGUUCAAGAUGUGUUUGCUUUGACUCAUAGCUUUAUUUUGUGUGUACAUAAAACACAUUUAUUCACUGUUUUGAAUUGUAAUACAGAAUACGACUUUGUUUAACAGGAGAGCCGAAGUGUUUUUGUGAGGCUUAAGCUCUCAUUGUUCUUCAUUUACUUGAGCUGCUUUAAAAAAGGCUUACUGUCCAAAGGUUAAUGAACGCCAUUGCCCAGUGACUCCAUCUCUUCCUGUAAUCGUGUACUGUAUUUUGUACUAAUCUGAUAUUUGCUGGCUUGGGUUCCUUCACUCGGUGCUGUGUAAGAACUGUCUUUGAGCCUCGCUGGGUCAGACUUCGUCUUAUGUGCCUGGGGAUACUCUUCAUCUUUAUUUAAAACUGUUUUCAUAAGGAGGAACAGUGUGGUUUUGCACUUUUUAUAUUUCCACGACACACUUGUGAGUUAUUCCCAGAAUCCAGCUUUGAAUUUGCUUCCUUAAGUAACAUAAUAAAAUGUGUUAAAAUAC